UCCCACUACCCCCACUCGCCUCCAAACCAUAGAGAAGAGAAGAGAACCUCACCUCCCCUUCCUCCUCCUGCGCUCCACCACCCCACGUCCCCACCCCACCCUCUCCAAUGUCGCCGCCCCUCGAGCCGCACGACUACAUCGGCCUCUCAGCCGCCGCGCCGGCCCCAACCUCAUCCUCCUCCUCCUCCUCGACGGAGGGGCCCCGCCUCACGCUCCGUCUCGGCCUCCCGGGAUCGGAGUCCCCCGACCGCGACCGCGACCGCGACGGCUCCGCGGAGGACGUCGCCCCGGCGCUCACCCUCGGCCCCGUCCCCAUCCCCCACAAGGCCGCCUCCAAGCGCGCGUUCCCCGACGCCUCCCCCCGCCGCGGGUGCUCCGCUGCCGCCAAGGCCGAGGAGAAGCCGCCCUCCGCGGCUCCGCCGGCCGCCAAGGCGCAGGUUGUGGGAUGGCCGCCCGUGCGCAACUACCGGAAGAACACGCUGGCGGCGAGCGCCUCCAAGACCAAGGGGGGAGACGACGCUGCGCCUCACUAUGUCAAGGUGAGCAUGGAUGGCGCCCCCUACCUCAGGAAGGUCGACCUCAAGACGUAUUCCAGCUACGAGGAUCUCUCCAUGGCACUUCAGAAGAUGUUCAGCUGCUUCAUCACUGGUCAAAGCGCGCUGCGCAAACCAUCAACCAAGGACAGGCUUACUAGUCGUUCCAAUGCUGAUUCCCUCCAAGAUCAAGAGUACGUCCUCACAUACGAAGAUAAGGACGCUGACUGGAUGCUUGUCGGUGAUCUUCCAUGGGAUUUGUUUACCACAAUAUGCAGGAAACUGAAAAUCAUGAGAGGAUCUGAUGCAGCUGGAAUAGCUCCAAGAUCCCUAGAGCAGACAGGUCAGAACAAAUAAGAUUGACCUUGUUCCAGAGUAAAGAGAAUGAACCGAGCUAAGUUGCGAUGAUGUUGAUGGCCGAAAUUAUUCAUGCCAAGUACCUCAAAUAUCCCAAAUGUUAGUGUAGUUACACGUGUUUCUUAGACCUGUGUGUCAAAUGUCUGUAAUGUGAUCUGUUGAGAUAUCACAAUUAUGAGGAAGCUCUGCACUUCCUGAAUGCGAGCUCUCCACCAGUAUUAUUUCGUAUGUAUAUUCAGGUGUUGCACUAAGUGUUAUGCUCUCUUGCAAUUAUCCAAAUGCCAAGAACUUUAUGUUGGGUACUGUCAAUGCUCUGCUCCGAUCAUUCAGCUUAAUGAGAAAACUGCUACAUUGCUGUA